GAAAUUGGCGUGGAAGAAAAUGUCUCUGAAUUCUUCUCCCUACGCGGUCUAGUCGAAGCGGAAAGGUACUUCUCCGACCUCCCGACGGAGUACCACCAUCUCCAGAUUCACAGGUUCGUCGCCUCGACGCUGCGGUUGGAGAAGGCAGAUGCCUACCUCGUUGCAGCCCUUUUCGCCCACACCGUCGCCCGAAACAUCUGCUCGCCUGCCUCGUUUGAGGAGGGCUUCACACCCACGGCGAAGCAUAUUGGGGACAUCGCGAGUAGCGCCCCGAAGGCCUUCGAGGUGUUCGCAAUCAUGUUCAAAGGGGCGCGAUUGGACGAGGAC